AUGGGUAUUCGUGGUAUCCCAGAGCAAUGCGGCUGUGGUCGAAGAACUGGGAUUUACACAUCAAAAACGAAGGAAAAUCCAGGAAGAACUUUCUUUAGAUGCCCAACGUUUCGAAAUGAUCACUUGUAUAAAUGGGUAGAUGAAGCUGUCUACGAAGAGGUUCAAGAUGCAUUGCCUAAAGUUGAUUGCUUUGCAUCGGAUUUGAGGAAGCUCAAAAUGGAGAUAGACAGCCUCAAAAAUGAGGAGGAAGAGUUGAAAGAAGAUCUCAGGAAGGCUACCAAUGAAGUUAAGAAGCUGAAUGUGAUCAUGAAAGUGGGUUUUCUGGUGGCAUCAGUUUCUUGUAUUGUGUUCUUCAUGAGAAAGAGGCAGUAG